AACAAAAUUAAAUAUUAUUGCUCACCGUCAUAACUUCUCUAUAAAGCAAAGAAACAGAGAUUGCUUGAAAAGAGAAGAGAAAGAAGAAAAAAAAAAGCUAGAAGAACUCAAAAGAUGUAUAAUCAAGAACAACAUCCUGUCGGUGCUCCUCCUCCCCAAGGGUAUCCUCCUAAGGACGGUUAUCCUCCAGCUGGCUAUCCUGCCGCCGGUUAUCCACCGCCGGGAUAUGGUCAGGGAUACCCUGCUCAAGGUUAUCCUCCACCUCAAUACUCUCAAGCUCCGCAGCAAAAGCAACAAGCUGGUAUGCUCGAAGGAUGUUUGGCUGCGCUCUGCUGUUGCUGUCUCUUGGAUGCUUGUUUCUGAUCGGUGAAUAUAUCAGUUCAACGAUUUCUUUUCCUCUGCAUGCAAUGAAAAAGACAUGUGUAUCGUUCAACAAUCUGCUGUUAAUCUUCUUUCUUUUCGUAUUUGUCUUUUAAACUUUUGUAUUUUAUGGAUUAUUUACUCGACUAUGACGACGUCACUUUCUCUACCA